CCCUGCGUGGCUAAAGCCGUGCGGGUUCGGCGGUGGAAGCCGUGGGGUGGUGGGGUGAGGUGGGGGCCCAAGCGGGGUUCCCGGAGCCAUGGCUUGCUCCAUUGUCCAGUUCUGCUACUUCCAGGACCUCCAGGCCGCCCGGGACUUCCUCUUCCCUCAUCUGCGGGAGGAGACCCCCUGCGGCGCCGUGCGCAGGGACCCCAGUAAAUCAAACUGGGAAGAUGAUGGUUGGGGAGCAUGGGAAGAAACAGACCCCCAAGAACCUGAAGAAGAAGGAAAUACGUGCAAAACACAAAAAACUUCCUGGCUGCAAGAUUGUGUUUUAUCCCUGUCUCCAACCAAUGAUCUUAUGGUUAUAGCUCGAGGGCAAAAAGCGGUUUUUCUUGUGCCAAAAUGGAAAUACAGCGAUAAAGGAAAGGAAGAAAUGCAAUUUGCCGUUGGCUGGAGUGGUUCUUUAAACGUCGAAGAAGGAGAACAUGUAACCAGUGCUCUAUGUAUCCCACUAGCAAGCCAAAAGAGGAGUUCCACAGGGCGUCCUGACUGGACCUGCAUUGUGGUGGGCUUUACUUCAGGUUAUGUACGCUUCUACACGGAGAAUGGUGUGCUCUUGCUUGCACAGCUUCUGAAUGAAGACCCAGUACUACAGCUGAAGUGCAGGACCUAUGAAAUCCCACGACAUCCUGGCGUGACCGAACAGAAUGAAGAGUUGAGUAUCUUAUAUCCAGGUGCCAUUGUGACUAUUGAUGGAUUUAGCCUUUUUCAGUCUCUUCGUGCUUGUCGAAAUCAGGUAGCAAAAGCUGCGGCAUCGGGCAAUGAGAACAUACAGCCUCCACCGUUAGCUUACAAGAAAUGGGGUCUCCAAGAUAUUGACACUAUUAUUGAUCAUGCUAGUAUUGGUAUUAUGACUUUGUCCCCUUUUGACCAAAUGAAGACUGCCUCCAAUAUAGGUGGAUUUAACGCAGCAAUUAAAAACAGUCCACCCGCCAUGUCUCAGUAUAUCACUGUCGGGUCCAAUCCAUUUACCGGCUUCUUCUAUGCUUUAGAGGGAAGCACCCAACCAUUACUGUCUCAUGUGGCGCUGGCGGUCGCAAGUAAACUCACUUCUGCUUUAUUUAAUGCUGCCAGUGGUUGGCUUGGUUGGAAAAGCAAGCACGAAGAAGAAGCAGUGCAGAAGCAAAAGCCAAAGGUGGAGCCAGCCACCCCGUUAGCUGUCAGAUUUGGACUUCCAGAUUCUAGACGCCAUGGUGAAAGUAUAUGUCUGUCUCCAUGUAACACACUGGCAGCAGUAACAGAUGAUUUUGGCAGAGUAAUUUUAUUGGAUGUAGCUAGAGGAAUUGCAAUACGCAUGUGGAAAGGGUAUCGCGAUGCACAGAUUGGUUGGAUCCAAAUUGUAGAGGACCUCCAUGAAAGAGUACCAGAAAAGGCGGAUUUUUCCCCCUUUGGAAAUACUCAGGGUCCAAGCCGAGUAGCGCAGUUCCUUGUGAUCUAUGCACCAAGAAGGGGAAUCUUAGAAGUGUGGAGCACACAGCAGGGACCUCGAGUAGGAGCUUUCAACGUGGGAAAGCACUGCAGGCUUCUGUAUCCUGGCUAUAAAAUAAUGGGCUUAAAUAAUGUUACCAGUCAGAGUUGGCAGCCACAGACUUACCAGAUCUGUCUUGUUGAUCCAGUGUCUGGAAGUGUGAAAACAGUAAAUGUUCCUUUCCAUUUAGCACUGAGUGACAAGAAGUGCGAACGAGCCAAGGACAUGCACCUAGUGAAGAAGCUGGCUGUCCUGCUGAAAACAAGACCUCCUAACCUCGAUUUGGUUGAAACACAAAUAAAGGAAUUAAUUCUUGAUAUUAAGUAUCCUGCAACCAAGAAACAAGCUUUGGAAAGCAUUUUGGCAAGUGAACGAUUACCAUUUUCCUGCCUUAGAAACAUCACUCAGACUUUAAUGGACACUUUAAAAAAUCAAGAGCUUGAGUCUGUUGACGAAGGAUUGCUACAGUUCUGUGCCAAUAAACUGAAAUUACUCCAUCUUUAUGAGUCUGUCUGUCAGUUAAAUUCCCUUGAUUUUCAUUCAGACGCACCAUUCUCGGAUAAUGACUUGGCUGUGUUACUGAGGCUUGAUGACAAAGAACUGCUUAAGCUCCAGGCAUUACUAGAGAAGUACAAAGAGGAAAAAACCAGGACUGCUACAGUCCGAUUUUCUGACGAUAAGGAUGGUGUGUUACCUGUAAGAACAUUCCUGGAAUAUUUAGAAUAUGAGAAGGAUGUGAUCAACAUAAAGAAGAUAAGUGAAGAGGAGUAUGUGGCUUUAGGUGGUUUCUUUUUCUGGAAGUGUUUGCAUGGAGAAAGCUCUACCGAGGAUAUGUGUCACACUCUGGAGUCAGCUGGACUUAGCCCUCAGCUGUUGUUGUCUCUGCUCCUGAGUGUUUGGCUAUCUAAGGAGAAAGAUAUUUUGGAUAAACCACAGUCUGUGUGCUGUCUUCAUACGAUGCUGUCCCUUCUGAGCAAGAUGAAAGUGGCCAUUGAUGAGACCUGGGAUUCCCAGUCUGUAUCUCCUUGGUGGCAGCAGAUGCGCACGGCUUGUAUUCAGUCUGAGAACAACGGAGCUGCUCUGUUGUCUGCACACGUUGGGCAUUCCGUUGCCGCACAGAUCUCGAACAGUAUGACUGAGAAAAAAUUUUCCCAAACAGUUUUGGGUGCUGAUUCUGAGGCCCUCACCGAUUCCUGGGAGGCCCUUUCUCUGGACACUGAAUACUGGAAGCUUCUGCUGAAACAACUGGAGGACUGUCUCAUACUUCAGACUUUACUUCACAGCAAAGCAAACUCGUCUACCUCCAAAGUGUCGUCGCUACAGGCUGAGCCACUCCCGAGGCUUUCUGUCAAAAAAUUACUGGAAGGAGGAAGAGGUGGCAUUGCAGACAGCGUAGCCAAGUGGAUAUUUAAACAGGACUUCAGCCCUGAAUUAUUAAAACUGGCUAAUAAGGAAGGAGAUGCAGAAAACCCAGAUGAACCCAAAGAAGGUAUUAACGGAGGUUUACUUGAAGUGUCAGAGAUGGACAUGAACCUAGGAGCUAUACCAGACUUGCUGCAUUUAGCCUAUAAGCAGUUUCCGUGUAGCCUUGAGCUAGACGUGCUGCACGCACAUUGCUGUUGGGAGUAUGUUGUGCAGUGGAAUAAAGAUCCAGAGGAAGCACGUUUUUUCGUUAGGUCAAUAGAACACCUGAAGCACAUUCUUAAUGCACAUGUUCAGAAUGGCAUUGCUCUGAUGAUGUGGAAUACAUUCUUGGUGAAAAGGUUUUCUGCUGCUACAUACUUGAUGGAUAAGGUUGGAAAAUCACCAAAGGACAGGCUAUGCCGAAGGGAUGUGGGGAUGAGCGACACAGCAGUGACCUCUUUCCUUGGCUCCUGCUUGGAUCUUCUUCAGACUUUGAUGGAGGCCGACGUUAGCCGGGAUGAAAUGCAAGCGCCUGUCCUGGAUACGGAGGACGCAUGGCUCACGGUCGAAGGACCGACCUCCAUAGUGGAGCUGGCCCUGGAGCAGAAGCACAUCCACUACCCGCUGGUGGAGCACCAUUCCGUCCUCUGCUCCGUCCUCUAUGCCGUUAUGAGGUUUUCUCUGAAGGCCGUGAAGCCACUCUCACUCUUCGAUAGUAAGGGGAAAAAUGCUUUCUUCAAAGACCUAACUUCAAUUCAGUUAUUACCUAGUGGGGAAAUGGAUCCAAAUUUUAUUUCUGUACGACAACAGUUCUUGCUGAAAGUCGUUAGUGCGGCCGUCCAGGCUCAGCAUUCCGUCGUGAAGGACAGAGAGUCCUCAGAAGCAGCAGCGACCACUCCUUUUGGGAAAGACCAAGAUUGGCCAGUUCUAGCUGUGGAUUUGGCUCAUCACCUUCAAGUUAGUGAAGAUGUGGUUCGAAGGCAUUAUGUGGGGGAGCUCUACAACUACGGUGCGGACCAUUUAGGAGAAGAGGCCAGUCUCCAGGUUCACGACAAGGAGGUGCUCGCCUCGCAGCUGCUGGUGUUAACAGGGCAGAGGCUGGCUCACGCGCUCCUGCACACCCAGACUCGAGGGGGAAUGGAGCUGCUGGCCAGACUUCCCCCCACGCUCUGCACUUGGCUGAAAGCCAUGAACCCCCAAGAUCUUCAAAACACAGAAGUGCCAAUUGCAACGACAGCUAAACUAGUAAAUAAAGUCAUCGAGCUUUUACCAGAAAACCACGGGCAGUACAGUUUGGCCUUACACCUCAUUGAAGCUGUGGAAGCCGUAUCUAUGCCUUCUUUAUGACGCCCGCCAAAAACGGUCUGAUUGUGUGCCUAG